AUGGCCUACUGCCGGCAAGAAGGGAAAGAUCAAAUUGUAUUUGUGACCAAAGAGGACCAUGAAACUCCAAGCAAUGCAGAGCUGGUGGCUGAUGAGGAACAUGCACAGAGGAUGUCAACAGUGGUACGAACACAGGAUGUGUUGGAUAUAGAACAGAUAAACUGGAAUCAGACUGUGAAGGGCAUUAAUUCACAGACAACUGCCACAGAUUGUAAUGUAGAGAUUAUGGUAAAGGAAGAAGAGAAUGAGGAAGUUGCCUUAGAAAUGGCCCUGGCCGAGUGCCUGAUCCUGGGAAUGCCCAUUCGUUCACAGUCACACCUGUUCCGUGUCUCCGCACUCCGCACCUCCGCCCAGCAGCCGCCCCGCGCCUGGCGGGGCUCAGAGACGGGAUGCGGAGCUGGGGGAGGCGGGGCGGAGAAGGGAGGCCGGCCUCCCGGGGCUGAACCCGUAGGACUCGGAGCCAGGGGCCGGCCAGGCCAGGGGCUGCGAGGGCAGAAGCGGCCGAGACCGCCGAGAGGGCUUGUGGAGGGGGCGUCGCGCUCGCAUUACGCUGCCGGAGCCUGCGGCACAGGCGGCGAGGCUGGGCCGAGGGAUGGGGUUUGGAGCAGCCUCCUCCUUUCUCCCCGCAGCCCCAGCGCCUCCUCUCCUCGCUGGGCUGCAGCGCCCGUUAGGCCGCGCAGGGUGAGAGCCUCGCCCGGACUGGAAAGGCGGGCGCGAGGCGAGGCGGCGGCCGGCAGCAGCACACGGCCGCUGUCCGCUGCUGAAGCGCCGGUCGAGGGCGCCACGCUGCCCGCCUGGAUGCGCCUCUACUUCUACGGGAUGCACGGCGUCACCCUGGACGUGCUCGUGUCCUCGGCGCGGCGCUUCGCGCGCAGCCCGGACCUCCGCAUGCUGGGUUUCUCCUCGCCCUACCGCUGCCUGCUGCACUCGCUCACGCACUUCGCCCUGGAGAAGGUCUACCUGCAGCGGCGGGGCUGCCCCAGCGCCUUCGUCUUCAAUUUCCUGCUCUACCCCUCGGCCCACGUGGGCUUGCAGACCCUGGCAGGCCAAGCGCUGCUACUGAGCCUUGGGGGCGGACUGGGGGGCGCGGCGGCACCGGGGGCGCUGGACCUGGCGCUGCAGUACGUGCUGGCGCUCUACCACUGCCAGGUGUUCCUGAAGCGCUUCCUGCGCCUACGGUACCGCCGGCGGCAGCAGCAGAAACAGCAGGGCGCUCCUCCCGCCCUUCCCGGCGCCCGGGCCCUGGCGGCAGCGGGCGGCCGGCGACGACGACCCCGCGGUCUCCGGGGCGCGGGGGGAGCCCCCAGCCAGGGGCUGCCUGACCUGCUCCGUUUUCUCUUCUUCGGAAUGCACGGCUUUCUAGAUGAGAUCUUCUUCACCUUCUUCUUCAACGUGUUGGGGCAAGGGGACGGGGCGGCCAGCGGUCACACAUCGCUCUGGUCCUUCUUUAUGUAUGGCAGCUGCAGCUUCGUAGUGGAAAAGCUCUACUUCCAUCUCCACUACAGCCGGGGCUGGGGCACCUGGAAGCGGGUACCCAUCUACGUGCUCUUCAUCUACGCGUGGGAGUUGUCCUGGGGCCUGGGCCUCCGCAUGUGCGGGGCUUGUUCCUGGGACUAUUCUAACUACCCGCUCAAUUUCAUGGGCCUCAUCACGCUGAUGUAUUUACCUGGUUGGUUAUUCCUUAGUGUCUACCAGGACUUACUUUCCAACGUGCUGUGGCGCGUGCAGUAUGUACCAACUAACUAAGACCA